AUGCUCGACGCGAUCCUCACACUUGUGGCUAGACGACGUAUUAAUAAGCAAAAACCUUUCUUUAUAACCAAGAAUAAGCAAAAACCUUUCUUUAUAACCAAGAAUAAGCAAAAACCUUUCUUUAUAACCAAGAAUAAGAAAAAACCUUUCUUUAUAAUCAAGAAUAAGCAAAUAUCUUUCUUUAUAAUCAAGAAUAAACGAAGCGUUCUCUCUCUCUCUCCCUCUCUCUCUCUCUCUCUCUCUCUCUCUCUCUCUCUCUCUCUCUCUCCCGUUGCUGGUUAUUACGGAGAAGCUAGAAUGGGUGUCGUAUUAAUUACUGAUUCCCUCCCACUCUCCCGCCCCUCCCCCACUUCAAAAAAAUCUGAAAUUAAUCACUGCACUUUUCUGAAAUCUUGUCGGCGACACAACGGAAUACUCACGUGGCACACGUUGGGGGACUCACGAGCGAACACCCUCCUCGCCGGUGGCAAAAAAAAACGACUAUUCUGUCUCUCUGAAUUUCUUUCUCUCCUUCUUCACCUUCUCCUCCCCACCACCUUCCUCCGCCACUCUCUCUCUCUCUCUCUCUCUCUCUCCCUCCCUCUCUCUCUCUCUCUUACUCUUUCUUACCUUAUGACCAACGGAGAAAUUCUCUCACACACACUCUCUCACACGAACACCCUCCCCGCCGGCGGCAAAAACGACUAUUCUGUCUCUCUGUAUUUCUUUCUCUUCCUCUUCUUCUUCUCGCCCCACCACCUCUCUCUCUCUCUCUCUCUCUCUCUCUCUCUCUCUCUCUCUUACCUUCUGACCAACGGAGAAAUUCUCACUCUCUCAUAUAUGCAUAUAUAUGUGUGCAUGUGUGCAAUGACAGAUAAAAACACUUGA